AUGCAUGUACCACAACAAACUAACGUUCAUUCAUCUGCUUUGACAAUAAUCAUUCUAGUCCAACUAUGUAGUUUGAUCCAUCCAACGGCACCACUUAUCAUUGAGAGCUUUUUGAAUUUCAUAAAUCAUUCUCCUACCCCUUUUCAUGCGGUAUCAAACGCUAUAAAUUGCUUUUGCCAUAGAUGGAGCGUAGGUUGGAAAUGGGUUAGCUAUGUAGUAGGAUGUCACACUGAUUCGCCUUGUUUUACAAUCCGACCCGCAUCCAGAAGGACUAAAUUAGGAUAUUCAAAAAAAUCACUGAUGACUCUGCAUCGUAUGGCCAAUGAAGAAAUCGGAUCAGUCUCCAAUCAUGGUGCCGAGUCGGAUUUAUUGGAAGCAAUCUUGACUCGCAUCUCUAGUGCAUUUGCUGAAACCCCUUCUCCGGCAUUGACUGAAAGGACAGGGGUCCCGCCAUUAAAACAAAAUGCUAAACAGAAAUAUGCCAGCGCAGUAGUGACCACUUGUCUUACGUCAAAUUGCUACACUUGCCGAAGUUCUACGAUUGGUGAUCGAAUUUUGGAUCAUGAAGCUGUCUUCCGACACGGAUCCAAUGUCGACGUUUCAUCCCAGAUAUUGGUUGUCCACAGUUCAGAACAAAAGAUUGGUUUAUAUUUAGCUGGCGUUGAAUUUGUUUGGAUGGAAUUUGCUUCUAUGCAGGGGGUCAUGGCUCACUAUGGAUGUAUGAUACAUGGAGAUUUGAUGCAUAUGGAUAAAUUAAAGAGUGUUUUGGCAGAUUGGACGACAAAUCUCAAGACCGUGAUAGAGAGUGUAGUCACCGACAUCGUGAGCAUAGUGAGAGGGACAAUGAUAGCACUGUCAGAUGAGCAGGCUACAGUCAAUGUCAGAUAUCAAUUGAUAUCAUCAGUAGGACAAAAUCUACGAGCUCAAUUGUCAGGCUGGGGAGAAUGA